AUGGACAACUAUUGGGACAACAUUGCCGAGCAACACUCGCUGAUCUUAGCGUACGCUGGCCCACUCACGCAGUGGCUCCACGGUGUUCUCAUGCGGGGCGAUAUGAGUGUUUCCGAUUGGCGCGACGUCGCUACGACCAUUUUCACCGACGCCUUCCGCUCCGACUGGCUCGGCGACCUUGCGACGCUACCAUGCGAGCGUGUACGUCUCGACCGUACCGAAUUCCGCUUGAUACGCUCGCGACGCAUGUUCCAGCAGGCUUUGGACUUGUUCUGCUACGGCAAAAUGCACGAGGGUAUCCCGCUCUCGUCCGAGAAAAAGUUCUACCCGGACCAAGAGACAGAGCCAAGGGCGUUCAGCAUCACACCCAUCAUGGCCGUACCCAUGGAGAACUUGUGGCUGGACGUGCUCGCCCCGCUGCUUGUAGCCCCAAAAACGCUCGCGACGGCGGCCGCGCUCGGUGGCCACGCUCGCCUGCUCCAGUACCUCGUGCACGAAAAGGGCGUCGACAUUGCCCACAUGCCCAACUUUACUCAAACAGGAAGUCACUACAUCAUGGACGCCGUAGCCUCGAACGGACACGUACACGUCCUUCGCUUCCUUCACGACAUGAAGUGCAACGGGAUCUCGCCCGCGGCGCUCGACGGUGCCUUCCAGAACAGCCACGUCGACACGAUCAUGUUUCUCGUCCAGCACUAUCCGCACUUGGAUCUUCCGGCCAAAGCAACGUACUAUGCGGCACGCGACGGUCAUUUGAGCGUGCUCCAAUAUUUGAUCCAGGAGCGCAACGCGCCGUGUCCACCGUCCGUCAUGGACAUGGCUGCCUACAAGGGCCAUGGCGCUAUCGUCGCAUUUCUGCACAAAAGCGGAAAAGGCUGCACGACACGCGCCAUGGACGCGGCAGCGUGUACGGGGCAUCUCGACAUUGUCCAAUUCCUCCAUUGCAACCGGUUUGAAGGCUGUACAACGUUGGCCUUUGACGCGGCUGCCAACAACGAUCGAAUACUCCUCGACUUUCUCAUCGAGCACCGACGCGAGGGCGGGUCGACCAUGGCGAUGCACAGUGCGGCGUACAAAGGCCACGAAGCCAUGACCCGCUUCUUGCACGCGCAUCGGGGCAAUCUCAUUCUCGUCUAG